AUGUCUCCCACCUUCUUCCUGUGCCAGCGCUGCAACCAGCCCCUGAAACUCUCAGAGGAGCUCUGUGCAAUGCAGAAAGAGCCCUUGAAAGCCCAGCCUUGUGCCAGCACCCCCACCAAGACGCCAGUCUCUGGGGAUGCCAGGACCUCCAGCAGACCCUUUCCUGACUACGGCAGGACAUCCCAGGAAGGUGCCUGCUGCACUUUCACUCUGCUCGGUGAGUUUACUACCCUGAGAACUUUGAACACUAUCCAAAACACUAUCCUAGAGACCUUUGAAAUCCUCUCGGGCCAAAAGGAUGUGGACCACCCGCUGUGUGACCAGUGCGUGGACAAUCUUCUGAGCCAACUAGAUGCCCAACUCACUCUAGUUGAAUCUGACAACCAGAAGUACAGAAGUUUCCUGGAGAGAGAGUCGCUGGUGAGCGAGGAGGAGAAGGAGGCCAUGCACACGGAGCUUUUGGCUGAGCUGCGGGCUCUGGAGCAGGAGGAAGCAAGACUGGCUCAGGAGCUGAAGGACAUAGACCACCAUUGUACCAGAAUCGCCGCGGAACUCGGAGCAGCCCAGGAAGAGAGCAAGGCGCUGAAUCAACAGGAGGAGCAGGAUUGGAUGGACUACUCUGCCUUGAAAAUGGACCAGCUGGAGCUGAUGGACCAGCUGAGCAGUGUGGAGACCCAGUUGGCAUAUGCCCAGAGGCAGCUGCAGCACUUGAGAAAGACCAAUAUCUUCAACAUCACGUUUACCAUCUCGGACGAGGGGCCCUUGGGCAUUAUCAACAACUUCAGGUUGGGCUGCCUCCCUGACAUCCAGGUGGGAUGGGAUGAGAUCAACGCCGCCUGGGGACAGACAGCCUUGCUGCUCUUCAGCUUGGCCAAGAUAGCUGGACUGCAAUUCCAGAGGUACCAACUUGUUCCCCGCGGGAACCAUUCCUACCUCAAGUCCUUGACUGGGGAUGGGGUGCUGGUUUUGUUCUCGGAUGGGAGUCACAGCGUCUUCUUGAAUAACAAGUUUGACCGUGGGAUGAAGGCCUUCCUGGACUGCCUGCAGCAGUUCGUGGAGGAGGUUGAGAAGGAGGAGGAGGAGCGCUUCUUCCUGCCCUACAAGAUCCAUGUGAAGGAAGGUAUGAUGGAGGACUCCUGGGGCAGUGGGAGGUGCUACUCCAUCAGAACCCACCUGAACACAGAGGACGAGUGGGUCAAGGCUCUUAAGUGCAUGCUUACCAACUUGAAGUUGCUUCUUGCUUGGGCUCCGCUAAGGUACUGUGGCAAGAAGAACCCAAACUGA